ACUUUCCACCUUGUUUAACAGCGUCAUUAUACUUCACAUACCAGCUUCUUUGAAGUGAUAUUUCAGUAAACAUCAUGGGCAACGAACUCCCCGCAUACAUUCUCGCCGCCCUGACCGCUGGCGGCGGCAUCACGGGCUACGUCCGCACCGGCUCCGUGCCUUCUAUCAUUGCCGGUGUUGCUGUCGGUACUUUGUACGGUCUCGGAGGCUACCGUAUCCAGAACCGCCAAACGUACGGCAUCGAGCUCGCUCUUCUUGCCUCCGUCGUGUUGGCCGGCUCGUCGAUUCCCCGCGCCAUCAAGACGCAGAAACCGCUUCCCAUUGGUCUGAGCGGAUUGGCGCUUUUUGGACUAUUUACUUUUGGCAAUGCAUUCAGAAGGGGGUUCUAAAGCAUCGCGUUUAAGGAUAUAAGCAGAUUAGCGUAUUGUGCUUCAUCUUUGAUAAUGAAAUUUUGAUUCCUGAAAGCGAAAGAAGAUGUAAGAGCUUCGGGAGCACCGAUGAUAGUAUGGUGGGAUGUGCUUUCGUGUCUCUGUGGUAAUCAAUUCAAUUAUGAGGUAGACUAGUCGUAUGAUUUGCGAUUGAAGAACAGGGCCGGGCAAUACUGCUGUCGUUAGUGGAAGGGAUGACAUUGUGCCUCAUCUCUAGUCCCAGAAUGUCUUACUGGCCAACAGACCGGACAACAAACGAAGGGGAGGGUUCAAGAGCGUUGUGGAAUGAGUCUACAAGUUGAGUAGAACUACGAUGAAUUAUCCCAAUAUCCUUUCGCCCUUGUUUCUUCUGGUAGAACUGUACAUAAAGCCCGGCGUUUAAGCGGUUCAGCCAAAAUAGCGAAAGCC